UAAACAUCUACCGUAAUGGUUGCUCGGGGCAAGCGACUUAGUAAGAUCGCGUUUCAAACCCCGCAAUCAUAACAUCAUUUCUCCAUUGGUACAACUGCACGUCUUUGGAGGCUGUGAACGUUGUACAUAACCUGAUCCCCGAAACUGCCCAAUUUUUGCAAUGGCCCGGUCGGUUAGCAAGAUGUGGGAAAAGUACUGCCUGCGUCCAACUCAGGGCACCGUAUCCACCACCAUCCCAGUCUUCAUCUACGGCACAGCCUGGAAAAAAGAUAGCAGCGCAGAUCUGGUCUACACUGCGAUCAAGGCUGGAUUCCGGGCUGUGGACACUGCAGCCCAACCCCGUCAUUACCAAGAACAUCUCGUCGGUGAUGGCAUUCGCAGAGCUAUCGCCGAUGGGAUCGUCGACCGGAAAGACCUAUAUGUGCAAACCAAAUAUAGCCCUGUCUCGGCACAGGACGUGGGAAACAUGCCCUACGACCCGUCAGCGACAGUGACGGAGCAAGUCCAUGCAUCUAUCAAGUCAUCCCUACAUAAUCUACGCUCAGCAGAUGACCCGAGCUCAGCGGAUGAGGCCUACAUCGACACGGUGGUCAUUCAUUCGCCGCUUCCCACUUUAGCCCAGACGCUCGAGGCCUGGCAGGCUCUUGAGACUUAUGUACCCCACCGCAUUCGAAACUUGGGUAUUUCCAAUUGCACGAUGCCCAUGCUGCGAGAACUGUGCAACUCAUCCAUGACAACGGUGAAGCCAUCAGUUGUACAGAACAGAUUCUACGAAGAUACUCUGUUUGAUGUUCCUAUGCGUGCUUUCUGUCGCGAUAACCAGGUCAUUUACCAAGGCUUCUGGACUUUGACGGCAAAUCCGGACCUCGUGCGUUCCCUGCCUGUGCAGCAACUUGCUCGUCAUGUCGACAUCACCCCGGCCGCUGCGUUCUAUGCACUGAUUAUCGGCCUGGGAAAUUUGACGGUUUUGAAUGGAACUAAGGAUGAGUUGCGGAUGAAGGAGGAUCUGGCUGCUCCGAAAAAGGUGGAGGAAUUUACUCAAAAGCAGCCUGAUGAAUGGAAGCAGAUCCUUGCAGACUUCCAGGGAUUGACUGGAGACUCGUUAGGUCUAUGAGGUCGUGACUUCUCGCUCUUUACUGUCGCCAUUACAGCGAGUGAGAGAAUAGAUUCAAUAGUGUACCCAGCGAGCCAUUAAAAGAAUCUAGGCAGAG